AGGCGUUCUCUCUUUGGCACAAAGUAGGCUGGCUGCACAAGAGCCAUGUGUUUAAGCUACACGCUUUGAAGGGCUCAAAAAAACUUUUCAGAGCUGUUUCUGAGAAAUGUUGUGUAAAGACAGAGAGGGAGAGAGAGAGAGCAAGAAAAAAGAGGAGGGGAGUGCAGCGUGAGGGAAAGAGAUGGGGAGCAGAAAGAGCUGCAGACAAAAACACGCCGUCUUCCAUGUGGUGAUUUGAUCUCAGUUGUUGAAGGAAUACUUUUGUUGGAAAAUAUUUCUGCAAGAGCCUCGAAAGCAGUGGCUGUAAUCCUCACUCGGUGUCCCAUCCCAUAUUUGAAGUCAGCCACAAGCUGUUCCAAUGAUGCAGUGCGACGAGCUCUCAGCCAGAGAGGAGUUCACCUACAGCCACAUGCCCAUUCUGGAGAGGGCCGAUGGGACGCUGGGACGACGAGGAGACAGGGGAACAGAGAGAAGGCCAGACAGGGGGGAGCGGUAUAGGCCCGAGCGGGACAGCUACACAGUGGACGUGAGGGCCAGUGACCUGCAGCUGGCCCAGCCGGAGCCUCUAAAGCACCCCUGCUUCAGCUACAGGGCCUGGCUCUACAGUGUCCUCAUUGGGGGCAGUCUGCUCAUCACAUCUGGUUUUUCUCUGUACCUGGGCAAUGUGUUUCCUUUUGCAAUGGACUACUUACGCUGUGCUGCAGGCGCUGGCCUCCCAGCAGCGAUCGCCAGUUUUGCCAUUGCCAAGAACCGACAUGUUGCAGUGUCAGACUUCCAGGUGGUUUAUGUGUCAACCUUUGCUGUGACGACCACCUGCCUGGUCUGGUUUGGAUGCAAACUGGUCCUUAACCCUUCUGCUGUCAAUAUCAACUUUAACCUCAUUCUGAUGAUUUUGCUGGAGGUGUUGAUGGCCAGUACUGUCAUCCUGUCAGCCCGCUCAGCAGAAGACUGCUGCUGCCACAGUAAGACGGUGAUGUAUGACAGAUCUGUGGUUCUAAAGCCUGCAGUGUUCCCCACUCGACUCCUUAAAGCGUAUUCUGUAAUUGAAGUCAUUGUGGGAAUUUCUGCUGUAUUCGGAGGAAUAAUUGCACUCAAUAUGGAUGCUUUACUACCUGGCCCCUACUUGUCUGUCACAUUUUUCUGGAUUCUUGUGGCUUGUUUCCCGAGUGCUAUUGCCAGUCAUGUUGUGUCAGAAUACCCCAACAAAUGUCUGGUGGAGGUGCUGAUUGCCAUCAGCAGCGUGACAUCUCCCCUGCUCUUUUCAGCCUCUGGCUUCCUCUCUUGUAGUGUGAUCAGCUUUACUGAAAUUUUCCUACACGAUGUGCCUACAGCCAAGCAAUCCUACGACAUCCUGCUGCUGAUUCUGAUGGUGCUGCUGCUGGUGCAGGCAGUUCUAACUUCAGCCACUGUGGUGCACUGUGCCUCCUACAAGAGUCAGCUCCGCAUGGGAGCUCCAGAAUUUGACCACAGCAUGCACACCUCACCUCAUUACUGUGAGCAGCAAUCGGCCAAUGGAACGCUGCAGGAUUUUGACAAAGACCGAGCCUGGAAAGCAGUUGUGGUCCAAAUGGCCCAAUGAACUGUCCUAGAGUUCACAGAGAAGUUUGAUAAGAAGAGGAAAAAGGAGGACCAGGCAAUGCUGAAAGAAAAAAGAAGAUGCCUUCUGAGAUGGAAAGAGAGAUUUAGGAGAAAAGGGAGAAGGAAAGACUGAAAGAAAGAGGAAAAAAAUCACAGGGAGAGAGUUUUUUGUUAAAGAAUGCACGGCAGAGAAUUCAAUUUGUAAGAUAUUUGGAUAAUGCUUUGAACAUUUUGCUUUGUUUUUUAUUCUUUUUAUAUAUAACUGUUGCCUGCUUAGUGACCAUUAUUUAACCUGGCAACCUGGCAAUAGAUGUAGUUUGAUAAUCCCACAUGUUUACAUUGACACCAGGUACAGUGAGCAAUCAAUUGAGUUCAUGUUUAGUAGUAUAAAAAUGUUACGAGCACUUAAACAGACAGUCUAUAGCCUAAGCAAUUAACACUGAACUGAAUUCAGUCUGGAUUUAAUAGAUGAUUGUAAGCACCAUUGUCAAGGUUUUACCGUAGGAUGAAUAUAACAUGUUAAAUUAAUCAAUGGCAGACUUUAUUCACUGCAGAUUUUCCCAGUGGUGAAGACUGACUUAUCACUUUCUUUGUUAUUAUUAUAAUUAUUUUUUUAGAUUAUGUUUUGGUCAUUUUUUAGGCCUUUAUUUUCACAGGACAGUUUAAGACAUGAAAGGGGAGGGAGUUGGGGGUGACAUGCAAGUUGGAGUCGAAAAGCGGCCGCUGCGUCACGGAGCAAACUCCUUCACAUGUGCACCUGCUCCGUCAACUAGCUAACCCAGACAUAUCUUGGCACUCUCUUGACUGAAAGUCAUAUAGUGUUCAGUUGGCCUUUGUGUCUUCUUGUGUACAGUGGUGUGGUGUUGCAGAUUAACCAGUGUUGAUCAUUUUAACUGAAAUUCUACUUAUUCAGAAAAAAAAUGCAGUCAUCAACUGCAAGCGUAUCAUGUUUUACCGUUGUUUAAUGUUGCUCUGAAUUAACUGAAUCCCAAAAUAAUUUUCCAAGACAAAUUGUUGGCUUAUUAUCCUAUUUUGAAGUGUCAGACUGUGAUUUAUAUUUGCAUCCGCAUUUACUUUUACAUCCCUGCCGUGUUGUUUGGAAAUGGAAAUUUAACUGGGACCUCAAUAAACCACAAAAAGCACUAAAACUAAAAACUGAAACAUUGUAAACUUUGUAAAGAUACAAUUUAGAUGUCAUUCAUUUUAUGGAUCGAUAGCAGUGCUGUUUGUUGUAUUGAAUUGCAAUUGAUUGUACAGUUGUACCUACAAUAAAGAGGAUUU